CGGAGCUGCCCGCACAAGUGCCUCCAUGGAGCGGGCCGUCAAGCCCUCCCUCCGCGUCGCCCCGGCCCGAGGGCCUCCGCCCGGCUCUGAGAGAGGGAGAGGGAGGGGAAAGGGCCCUUCGGGGAGGCCGCCUGCCCCUGCUGCGGACUAACUCGACUCGGAGACCUCUGGAGCCUCGAUGAUGGAGAAGUACCAUGUGCUAGAAAUGAUUGGCGAGGGCUCCUUUGGAAGAGUGUACAAGGGUCGGAAAAAAUACAGCGCCCAGGUGGUGGCUCUCAAGUUCAUUCCUAAGUUGGGGCGCUCGGAAAAGGAGCUGAGGAACCUCCAGCGGGAAAUCGAAAUCAUGCGGGGUCUGCGGCACCCCAACAUUGUGCAGAUGCUCGACAGCUUUGAAACUGACAAAGAGGUCGUGGUAGUAACGGACUACGCCGAAGGGGAGCUCUUCCAGAUCCUGGAGGACGAUGGGAAGCUGCCCGAAGACCAGGUCCAGGCCAUCGCGGCUCAGUUGGUGUCGGCCCUCUAUUACCUGCACUCCCAUCGCAUCCUGCAUCGCGACAUGAAGCCACAGAACAUUCUUCUCGCCAAGGGCGGCGGCAUCAAGCUCUGUGACUUUGGUUUUGCUCGUGCCAUGAGUACAAAUACGAUGGUGUUGACGUCUAUCAAAGGCACACCAUUGUACAUGUCCCCAGAGCUGGUGGAGGAGCGCCCAUAUGACCACACUGCUGACUUGUGGUCCGUGGGCUGCAUCCUUUACGAACUGGCCGUGGGCACGCCGCCCUUCUACACCACCAGCAUCUUCCAGCUCGUCAGCCUCAUCUUAAAGGACCCAGUGCGAUGGCCGCCAACAAUAAGCCAGUGCUUUAAGAGUUUCCUGCAGGGACUGCUCACCAAGGAUCCUCGUCAGCGGCUGGCCUGGCCUGAGCUCCUCUACCAUCCAUUCAUUGCUGGCCGAGUCACCGUGACCUCUGAAUCAGUGACUUCUGAUCUGGGCACCCCAUUCACCAGCCGAUUACCCCCAGAGCUUCAGGUUCUCAAGGAAGAACAGGCACACUGGCUGGCCCCCAAGUCGGGUCAGUCCCGUAUUUUGCACCAGGCCCGGAAGCGUAUGACUGAGGAGGCUAGGCAGAAGAAACAUCUAAACCCUGGAAUCCCUUUUGAGCAAGUAGACAAAGCAGGCAAGGCCAUUCCUAUGACAGCCCUCCUGUCCAGACUGAGAGCUACUUCUCACGAUCUCAACCUCUCAUCUGGAGCCUCUUCCCCAGAGGACAAGAAUGAGUGGGCAGACUGGGUGGCAAGUGAGCCUCCCCUUCCUACCCGCAUCUUCCUGGACAGGGAACCCCAGGUCGCAGAAUACGAUCAGCAAUUCCCAGAACUAAAGCGAGAAGCUGAGGAGAACAUGAAUGCUGUGACCUUGGAGACUGAGGAGCCUGACAGUGAUAAUGAGUGGCAGCACCUGCUGGAGCCCACAGCACCUUCAAAUUUCCAGCUGAAAGCCCCCCUCACCCUGCUCUGCAACCCUGACUUCUGCCAGCGCGUCCAGAACCAGCUCCAUGGUGCUGGUGGGCAGGUCCUCGAGGGCAUCCUGGAUGGGGCUUCCCGAUUGCUCCCUGCCCUCCGUGUUGUAAAAAGCCUCCUGAUCUCCUGCAGUGACUCAAGUCUGUUGUACGCCUUCUGCCGGGAAGCUGGGCUGCCCGGCCUCCUGCUGAACCUUCUCAGACACAGUCAGAGCAGCAUCAGCAUCCAGCAGCAGCCCUGGUGUGGAACUUUCUUGAGGGACCUGGUGGCUACAAUCCAGGCCUACUUUGCCAGCAACUUCAACCUGGAGAAAAGCCAGACGGGCGACAGCCUCCAGGUAUUUCAGGAGGCAGCCAACCUUUUCCUGAACCUUUUGGGAAAGCUGCUGGCCCAGCCUGAUGAUGCUGAGCAGACCUUGCGCAGGGAUGGUCUUAUGUGCUUCACUGACUUGUGUAAGACGAUGGAUGGCAGCAGCCUCAGCAUCUCCAAGUCCUUCUAUUCCAGCCUUUUGACCACUCACAGACCUGUGCUGGAUGGCCUCCUUCAUGGGAUGGCCCUCCCACAACUCCCUCUUCACACACCACCAGGUGCCCCACAAGUUAGCCAGCCACUGAGGGAACAGGAUGAGGAUCUGCCCAGGGCCUUUGCAACUGCACUUGCUGCCAUCUGUACUCUCCCAGUGGGGCUGCCUGGCUGCUGGGAUUCCAAAGAACAGGUUUCCAGGUAUUUGGCAGAUCAGCUGACAGAAGAGGGCAGUCAGCUUCGGCCAUACCUUUUCUCCAGCCUGCAGCAUCCCUCUCUUUCCCUGCAUCUGCUCAAGGUACUAUAUGCUUGCUGUCACGUCAGUGAAAAUCUCUGCAGGCGUUUAGACCAAGAGCCCGUGGCCUUAGAGUCACUGCUUUUGCUGGUGCAGGGUAAGGUAGAUGUAAUGGAUCCAGAAGAGGCUGCCGAAGCUACCCUUCAUCUUCUUUCUCUCCUGGUCCUCCGGCUUCAGGUCUUACCUCCUGGGGUUAAGAAGAUAGGGAAUGAGCUUGCUGUUCUUUUUGUCCAUUCACCUGUUGUCUCUCUUGUUAGUGCAGCAGCUGGCCUGCUGUCCCAGCUCAGCCAGCAGGGUGUGGCCUUCAAUCUCCAGCCCAAGGAGUGGACUGCUGCGGCUGCACAUGCUCUGUCUGCUCCUGCAGAGUUACGUCGUACUCCACCUGGUGGUUCUGGAUUCUACGAUGGGCUGUUGUUUCUUCUGUUGCAGCUCAUCACCCAGGGUGGGGCUGAGAUAGUGCAGGAUGUGGCCAACUCAGAACUGUGGACCAUUUUGUGGCACCGAUUCUUCAUGACGCUGAGGCUGUCUGAGGAGGUACUCUCCUCAGAGGACAAGCCCAUCCAAACCAUCCCAGAGCCUGAAUGGACUCUCAUCUCUCCCCGAGGUAUAACCGCUCUGCUCAACCUUGCCCUGGCAGUCUUUACCCAGGAGCCCCACCUUUGUCUCCCCCACCUGAUUCAGCAUGGCAGCAUCCUCAUGUCCACUUUGAAGCACCUGUUGUCUCCCAGCUUCCUGCAACAGCUCGGGCAGGCACCCCAUGGGUCCGAGCUGCUUCCAGCAGUGGUACUUCCUGUCUGCCAGCUUCUCUGCUUUCCUUUUGCCAUGGAUGUGGAUGUUGACAUUCUUCUAAGUAUCCUGACCGACCUUAGGGAUUCUGAAGUGCCAGCCAAUCUGCUGCAGGUCUGUUGCCGCUACCUCCUGCUCCCACAGGCUGAGCUGCCUGUCAGCCUUCUCACCCGCCUGGCCCUUACAGAUUCCACCACCCUCAAUCAGUUUGUAGCUGCUGUGGCCGCCUCACCGAACACCAUCACCUUCCUGUCAGCCGCCUUGCUGGGUGACCAGCCCCUUCUGACCUCUGACAUCCUGUCCCUCUUAGCCCAUGCAGCCCGAGUCUGGCCUCCCACCCACUUGUUUUUCCUACAGGACCUCUUAGCUGGGCCUGAUGAAUCCUACUGGCCUCUGCGCUGCCUCCUGGGCCACCCAGAGAAUCCAGUGCGUGCCCGAGCCUAUGGGCUCUUGGGUCACUUGUUACAUCACAGCACUGCCCUUCGGGGGGCCCUCCAGAGCCAGGCAGGACUGCUAAGCUUGCUUUUGGCUGGGCUGAGGGACAAGGACCCUGCUGUUCGCCGCAGUGCCAGCUUUGCUGUUGGGAAUGCAGCCUACCAGGCUGGGCCCCUGGCAGCAGCUCUAGCACCUGCAGUGCCUAGGGUAACCCAACUGCUAGGUGAUCCUCAGACGGGCACCCGUCGUAAUGCAGCUUCUGCUUUGGGCAACCUGGGCCCCGAAGGGUUAGGAGAGGAACUACUUCGGUGCCAGGUGCCCCAUCGGCUCCUAGAAACGGCAUGUGGGGAUCCCCAACCCACAGUGAGAGAAGCUGCCCUCAUUGCUCUGCGGAGCCUCCGGCAAGAGCCCUGCAUCCAUCAGGUGUUGGUGUCCUUGGAUGCCAGUGAGAAAUUAGCUUCCCUCUCAUCAUCCGGCCCACUCCCUCCUGGGAGCCCGCGACCUUCUUCUGCCAGGCACUGCAAGAAACUCAUCCACCUCUUGAGACCAGCUCACAGCACGUGAGCCUGAAAUCCUGGGUCCCAAGCCACCAGUCUCUUCAGACACCUUGGAGGGCUUUCCCCAGCUACAUCAGCCUCUUCCUUUCACACAAACCACUAAUUUACCAAGAGGCUAGAAGAGGGGAGAUAGGGGCCUUUCAUGAUCACAGAUCCUAAGUGAUCCUGAUUAGAAAAGUCUUAUUUUCCUUCAGCCACAGAGAGAUUUCUGCUUCUCAGGCCAAAAUCAGACUUUUGGGGCCCUGUCCUCUAGCUCACUUGGUUCCAUGGGACCCUUUGUUCUUUUCCAUAUCUUGGGAUAUCAAAAUACCUUUAGUCCUAGGAACUAAUUUUAUGGACUCAAGGGAACCAACCUUAUUGGAGCUCCAGACUCGUCUCUCUUUUGGAGGGUCUUCAUUGUUGCCCGCAAAGGGUUCUACUUUUGGUGUGCCAGACCCCACAUCCUGAGCUGGGAGCAACAUCUGUGCUCAGUUCUGAAGCGUAUUUAUAAAUCCCUGUGUGUGUCUCUCUGUUGCUGGGGGCCACCCUAAUACCUAGUCCCUGUUUUGUACUCAUGUUUCCAUCUAUGGGUGAGGGUAGUUAUAUCAAUUUUUUGUAAAGUCUUUUAAUAAAAAAAAAAAGUGCUUCUCAUCCCUCCUUUUGAAUUUC